AUGAAGAACUUGAAACUUUUUGGUGAUACUGAAUUAGUUCCUGGAACCGUUCAUUUGGUGGAUGUUGAAGGAAACUUACAUGUGAAGAAAAAUAAAGGUGGUAAUGAGAAGAUCAUCUUGAGACCACCACCAUCUUCAGAUCCAAAUGAUCCAUUGAGAUGGUCAAGGAAGAAAAAAUUAUUCCAAUUCUUCUUAUUAUUUUGGUUAGGGGUAUUUUUAGCUAUUACUGUUGCUUGGAGUUCACCUUCAUGGCUUAUUAUUAGUAGUGAUCUUGAUACUACUGUGGCUAGAAUGAAUGAUGCCAUGGCUUUAACUUUCUGUGGUCUUGGUCUCGGUUGUGUUUUCUUACAACCAACUGCUUUGAAAUUGGGUAGAAGAUUUGUCUAUUUAUUCUGUUGUGUUUUGAUGAUGGUUGGUAAUUUAGUUGGUUCUCAAGCUAAGGGUAUUAGUUAUAUUUUUGGUGCCUUCUUCAUAACUGGUUUUGCCGCUGCCCCUUGUGAUAGUUUAUUGGAAAUUUCAAGUUGUGAUGUUUUCUUCCAACAUGAAAGAGCAAGUUUCUUAUCACUUUUCAUUCUUGCGUUAUAUUUCGGUAAUUAUAUUGCCCCAGCUAUUAGUGGUUACGUUGUUGAAUCUUUAGGCUGGAAAUGGUCUUAUUAUUUACAGAUCAUUUUAUUCGGAGCUUCAUUUGUUCUUUUGUUCCUUUUCAUGGAAGAUAGUACUUUCAGAAGAACUGAAGACGAUGAAACUUUUGAAGAAAAUAUCAUGGAACAAAUAAAGUCAAGAGAAUCAACCAAGGAGCACAACAACGUUGCCAUUACUGACGGAACUAGUGAUAAUUAUGAUGAGGAUAGUGAUUAUACUGAUCCUUCAAUUCCUGUCAGAAGUAUUUGGCAAAGAAGACAAAUCAUUCAAUUAACUUACAAUGAUACCAGAUCCUGGUUAUGUAUUUGGUAUAGACCUUUCUUCUUGGUCACUUUACCUCCAGUUGUUUGGGGUGGUUUGAUCUAUGGUGCUCAAAUGAUGUGGUUGUCAUUGAUUGCUGUCACUCAAGCUACAAUUUAUCAAUCUCCACCUUACAACUUUUCUCCAUCUACCACAGGUUUAAUCAAUUUCUCACCUUUAGUGGGGAACAUCUUUGGUAUGAUGUACGGAGGUAAGUUUGUUGAUUGGUUAAGUAUUAAAUUAUCACAAAGAAAUAACGGUAUCAUGGAACCUGAAUUCAGAUUAUAUGCCAUGAUCGUACCAACCAUUUUAAACGCUAUAGGUUUGAUGACUUAUGGUAUCGCCAAUCAUAACGGUGCUCCAUGGCCUAUUUCAGUUAUCAUUGGUAUUGGUUGUUUAGGUUUCGCUAUGACCUCUACCGGUGCUAUCACUUUAACUUAUGCCAUUGAUUGCUAUCCAAAAUUACAAAGUGAAAGUAUGGUGCUUAUGUUGUUCAUCAGAAACAUGAUUGGUAUGGUGUUCACUUUGAUCUUCCUGUACUGGUUAGCUGCUUCCGGUUUGAAGCAAUUAACUUGGUUGUUAUUCAUGUUGUCACUUCUUAUAAAUGGUUCUUUUAUCAUUUUCAUCUUCUAUGGUAAAAGAAUCAGAAGAUGGACCAGUGAAACUUACUUUAGAGUCAGUGACCCUAACUAUGGUGAGUUAUUCAAGAACUAA